AAUGGCGCAGGCUGCCGUCGAAUCUGCUGUGAGCGGUGGCGCGCUGAUCGGGAGGCCAGCGGAGGUCCCGAGGAUGAAGAGGAAGACCCCCUCGGAGCUAAGGGGAGAGCAGUUGAAGCGACACACAUCUGAAAAGGUUGCUAAUGACCAGUUAUUUGCUUCUGCGGCGUUUGAUAGGUCAAGCAAUGGGCUUAGAAACCCAGAACAGCCAAAGAUUUCAAAAUAUAUCAACACACGUGUUACAGAGGUCUUCCAAGUGAAGAAAUCCAGAAAUGUUGGAAAGGAAAAUUGCAAGGAUGCUUUACCGAAUAAUGACAAGGCUCCCAAGUCUGCUGUCGCUGUAACGACUUCACAGUCUGAAUCUGUAUCAUCUUUGUUCCCACGCCAUGGCGACUCUGCUAAGUUGGACUCUUCUACUCCAUCGCUUGCGGAGGCAGCAAAGCCAGGCUUUAGGAAAGCUGAGAAAUACAGUGAGAAUGCUCUACGGAGUGUAUCUGAGCUUCAUGUUGGUGAUGAGAAGCAGGCUGGAUCUAACAAAUUUGACAUGGAAAAAGUGAUGAAAGGGUUUGGAGCUCGUGAUGCUUCUGGAGCCCCCAAUGCUACUAACAUACAAAUUGGUGAUGUUCCUUUGAAGUCUUCAGAGGCAUGCCCUUCUAAGAUUACAAUACCAGGAAAAAGAGCUCCUUUGGAUCUCACCUUGAAGACUACUCUGCAGUUUGUUUCAUCAUCUUCUGUGAAGUGGUGUCAUAAUUUAAGUACAAGUUUAUUUAGGGGCAGUAUUGCUGGACCCAUUUCUCAGAGUUAUCGUGGUAGGUCCCAAAAUUCACGACGAACAAGGCCCGAGAGCAACAAGGAACUCUUAUUCUCGAGGGCACUCCAGUCAUGGGUAUAUCCACAAUCCGUGUUACCGGCUUCCAUCGUAUCUGUUAUGCUCUCAUCAACUGCACGAGGAGAAAAAGAAUUCCUUGACAAAAGGUAUCAGGACUGGGAAGAUUCGUUUCAGAAUCUUUACUACAUGCUCCGGAACAAUAUGUUGAAUAUCUUUUAUGUUUAUACGGCACAAUUUGUUGCUCUAUUUAUUGGCGGAAACUGUUUGGAGAAGCAGUCUUGUAAUGCAUACUUAUCACAAUCUACCCGUGGCAUACGGUCAUUACUCCGAAAACAUGGUGUUCGCUUUUCUAUGCCUCUUUGCAAUACUGAAGUGGAGGAGGCUACUGAGGAUGACCUGAUUGAAUUUUCAAAAAUCCAAACACUCAAUCUAGGCCAGACACUUCAUAUAGAUGCUCUAUCUGAGGUGGAUAACACCACACAGUCCCUCCUUUCAUUUACUGGCAACAAGAGCGUUCAUGGCUUAUAUGAUGUCCUGUUGAACUACAAGUCCUUUCUGAAUUCAUUAUCUGCCACUGAUGUCCCAGUGUUAUAUUCACCAGUGCCAUUUCAGAAUAGUUGCCUCCAUAUUCCAGAGGUCAUAUGCAGGGAAAUGAGGAAAGCCGACACCGGCUCGGCCUCCUCUGUUGCCAUCGACGAACCCGGAUCAGCGCUUGCUCCUCCUUUAGGGGGCAACAUGUGCUACAGCAUGGAGAUAAAGGACGUGGUCAUCCCGCCGUGGGUGGUCUCUGGCGUCUGCGCCGCGAUGAGCGCGGACGCGGAUCAGUUUGAUGUAACGAUCGCGACCGAGCCCUCGUCCAUGGGCUUGAACGCCGCCUUUGCCUCUGUAGGCGGAAACACCCAGCCGUCGAAGACGCCUACACCCGACGGCGGCUGCGAGGCCCUGGGUGUCCCUGGCGCUGUGCUGGUCCCGUCAUUGCACACCGCCUCGCUCCGGCGCCUCAGCUACAACAACGGCGAGUACGUAGCGCACACGACCGUCUGA